UGGUUGAUGUAGAUUCACCUAUCGAAGACUACCAAAAUGGGAGGAAAAAAGCAACCUGCAGCUCCUGGAGGUGCUGCUCCACAAGCAGAUAAGAAGACACAACAAGAUAAGAACAAGCCUGAUCCAAAGAAGCAAGGUGCUGGGAAGAGCGAUGACAAAAAUAAAGGAGGAGCAACACAAGGCAAAGCUGCUGGAGGGGCAAAAGCGAAUAAAGCUGGAGGCUCUACUUCUGACGCUGCCUUAUCGAAAAAGCAGGCGGCGGAAAAGAAGAGGCUGGCUGCACAGAAAGCAAACCAAGAUAAGGAGUCCGAAUAUCAGCGUAUGCUGAAUCCUGACUUUGAUGAUGACGAAGAAUUUGAAUCAUCCGAAGAAGAAGAAGCGGCGGGCGAGAAAACGACCCAGACCACUCCAGAGACACAGACUGACGAAGCACCUUCUGCUUCUAGCACCACAAGCAAAGAGCGAGUGAAUUUUGCCCCUGAAAAACGCAAUCUUCAGGUGAACCACAAAGCAGACCAUCAAAAGUUUACCAAGGAGAGCUUAGGGUCGGUUGCUCCGCCAGCAGCUGCCACGCGCGCGAGGAAAAGAGUGGUUGAGAAGAACGAGCAGAUCGAUUUGAGGAAACAAUUUGGAGAAGCUAGAGCCGAAUUGAAAAAGCUAGAAACUAAAGCUGCAGGAGUACCCAAAGGUUUGUCGAAUAAGGACAAGCGAACCUUCGAAAAACUAUCUCAGAAAGUCUUGGAUUUAGAAGACGAAGUCCAGCGUCUUGACGAAGAGGAAGGCGUCAAGACAGUCGUUGGCGAGAAUGGUGCGAUUUCGAUAGAAGGUGGAGAAGAAGUAGGUGGUGAAGCGGAAGCAGGCAGUAGCACGAAUGCUGGCCCUGGUAAGCCCAAAAAGCCCCUUGCACCGAGGCAACUGCUGGAGCAGAAAUAUCUGGAAAAACUACGCCCUUUUCAUCUCCAAAUUGAAGAUCUGCACGACGGUGGUAACGAUAAAAGAAGUCGAGGUAAGAACAGCAAACAGGACACGGCAACCGAGGCAGCAGACACAACAUCUCCAGCAACCACAGAUGCCGCUGACCUCAUCAUUGAGCGCUUUAGUAUCUCUGUCAAGGGUCAAAAGCUGUUUGACGACGCGAAGUUGCAGAUCGCGCAUGGUCGACGAUACGGUUUUCUUGGUCCGAAUGGUCGUGGAAAAUCGACCCUGCUCUUACACAUUGCAGCUCGUAAAUUUCCCCUGCCUAGUACUUGGGAUGUGGUGUUAGUGGAGCAAGAGGUCGACUCCUCAGAUACGAGGACAGUAGUCGAAGAGGUGCUUUUCGCAGAUCAAGAUUUAGAACGAUGGCGAAGAGAAGAAACUGAAGUGUUUGCGAAAUUAGAACAACUUUGUGGACGAGAAGAAGAUGGAAGUGAGAAACAGACAUCACCCACUCCUGAACAAGCACAAUCCGCAGCACAAGAAACAAUUGAUCUGGAAUCCCUAGUGGCACGAGCGCAGCAGCUAGGGGACUUAUUGGCUGAGAAGGAUGGGGCAGAAGGUGAAGUUCGGAAGAUCUUAGCAGGUUUAGGCUUCACAGAUGCUCAAAUGGACUGGCCAACAGAUCGCUUUUCAGGCGGAUGGAGAAUGCGUAUGGCGAUUGCGAAAGGUCUAAUACUAUUGAAGUUUUCUAGUGUAUGAACAAGAGUAGGACUCUCACUCUCACAUUGUUUUCCAUUCGUCAGAUGGGUUUCACCAAAAUGGUGCGCACUUUUAUGUUCUAGUUCAUCUUACACUUACUCUCGAAUCUAGUACACAACCAACUCGAACCCGCACUCAGGUCUCUUCGUCCGCCCCAAGCUUCUUCUUCUUGACGAGCCUACAAACCAUUUGGACCUCGAAGCCGCUUUCUGGCUUGAGGACUACCUGUCCAAGUAUCCACACACCGUUAUCACGGUUUCCCACGACGCCGAAUUCCUAGACUCGGUUUGUACGGACAUCAUGGCCCUCACUGAAAACAGCAAGUUGCUCUACGCCAAGGGCGGAUACAAUGCGUACAAGCAAAAGCGGGAUCAAGAACGCGCUUCGGCGUUGAAGGAGCUGAAGAAAGCGAAUCCAAAGGCGACAGCGGCAAGUUUGAAACUAGGUGCGCAUAAAGAGUAUGUGGUAAAUUUUGCUUUUGCGGGUGGAGCGGAAGAGCGAGGAAAAAACUCCGUGGCAUUGGGGAUCGGCGUGAAUGACGUCAGUUUUGGCUACAACAAACGGAAAGGGUACGAUGAAUCAACAUCAACAACCUCCACCAACAAAACAAAAACCUCCGCCUCUACCGAAAGUGCCGAUCGCUUUUCUUCUUUGCUCUUUGACCGCCUUUGCCUGCGUGUAGAUGAAGAUUCGCGGAUUGCUUUAGUUGGGCCUAACGGCUGCGGAAAGAGUACGCUUUUGCGAUUGUUGAUGAAGAUGAUCGAUCCCACAGAGGAAGCUGACCAUUUUAGAGGCGAAGGCAGCGUGGAUCAUAGUCGAGGUCUGAGAAUAGGCUACUAUUCGCAGCAUUUUGACGAACUUCUACCGUUAAGCGAUGCCACCGCAACCUCAAGCAGUAAAGCUCCAGCACAAGCGCCAAAAGGAAAAGCUCGAGGCCCACCCGUGCCCUGUAGUUCUACCGCUUGUUCCUUCCUCCAGAAAGAGUUCAAUCUCACCGAACAACAAGCAAGAGCUAAACUCGGCAGCUUUGGCCUACCAUCGAAACAACACUUGAUUCCUUUGACCGAAUUGUCAGGUGGUCAAAAAGCUCGUGUCUGCUUUGCCAAGAUUUGCCUGUCCAAACCCCACUUGUUGAUCUUCGACGAGCCGACGAAUCAUUUGGAUAUCGAGUCCGUCGAAGCCUUGAUCGAAGCCCUAGACGAGUACAAAGGCGGCGUUAUUCUAGUCAGUCACGAUGCAAGACUGGUCCAAGCUUUGACAUCUUCGUCAAGUAAUAAAAAUGAUGCGGCUCCCGCGGAUGCAGUCGUGUACAGAGUGGGGAAGACGAGUGCGGGUGCAGCAACUGGGUUGGAGGAGAUCAAUUUUCGAUCGUAUGUGCGACAUGUCCUAAACGAAAUUGAGUUGCGAGCAUUGGCGAUGCAGCAGAAGCUGGCGGAGAAGCAGCAGAGAGCGAAGCAGAAUCGCAAAGAGUUGCUGGCAAAGACGAAGCACUUGAAGAAGAAAUAA